AUGAGCAGCAGCUCGAGGAGACCACGACACUCUCUGAGGAACCUGCCCCUCGCAAGACUGUCUCAAUCCCAGCUCAAAAAAGCCGCCAAGCAUGCGCGCACCGAGCGACGCAAGGCCGAGCGCACGUCGUCCAAGGGCCUCGCCAGCGGUGCCAGUGGCACGGACUCGCCCCGCCCACUGACACCUGCGACGGGCAUUGACUCCGAGGCUGAGCCUGCCUCUGCUCCUGGCUCUGUCGCUGGGUCUCGAAUUCCCUCCGGCGCCGGGAUCAAGACGAGAGUUGUGAGGGAGCAGGGGCCUGCGUCGGAUGCGGAUAUUGAGCUGACGACGUCGGGUGUCACUUCUGGGGCAGAGGAUGUGGAGGUCAAAGUGGUCGAGCCUGUCAAGACGGCCGCGCCUAUUGCGGCGCUCCCAUCAGCCCCAACUCCAGUACCCACACAGUUGACACCGAAGAUGAACGGAAGUACACCAGCGAAGGAUGAGAAGAAGAUUGCAGAAGCUGCAGAGGUCGCCCCGCGGAAAGAGAAGGAGGCGCCAACACAAGCAAACUCAGAAAAACCCCAGCAGCUCCCCCCGGUCGAAAAGUCAGCGUAG